AUGGCGAGAGUGAAGGCGAAUGAGGCAUACAAGCGAUACGUUGAGCUAGGCAAGGAGAAGCUGGAUCUACCGGAAUUUGAGGUUACGUCUAAGGGUUACUUGGUGCCGUUUGUUGGGGAGGUCUACUGCCGUGCUGAAGGAUGCGAAAAUGUGACCAAGUUUGUCUCCCUCAACAAUCUCAAGAAGCAUAUUCGGACGAAGCAUACCCAUACCUAUGACUUGUUGGAUGGUGAAAGUGGUGGGCGCCCUGACCAAGAGGCAGAGUCUGCAGCAGUCAAAUUCUAUAAGGCGGUUAUCGAGAAAUUUGACGCCAAACAGUCUGCCCCUGCCCUUCCCCCUCUUCCACGCCGCCGUGAUGGUGAUGUCCAUAUGACUGAGAUGAGACGUCUGGUCCGCCGCAUGGGCCAUAUGGUCCCUUGUGAGAGUUGCAAGGAUGCAGGCAAGGCUAAGUUGUGCUGCAAGUAUAAUAAGUGUCAGCACUUUGCACUUUUUAAUAGUGGUGACCAGGAAGAGUCCUCUCAAGAAGAGGCGUCUGAUAAAAGUGAUGAUGAAGAUUGA